UUAAGAAGAAUGAAGAAACCAGUGACAAAUGGUCUACAAAAUGAUGUAUCUAGUCAUGAAUCUCACAAAACAAAAUCCAAAAUAUCUAGUUCUAGUAAAUCUAGUAAGACAAAAGACCAUAUCUCACAGAAAAUUGGUUCUUCCAGUAAACACCAUAACCACAAAAGUCAUGCAAGCCACUCUUCGAACUCAAAGGAAGACUUUUCAAAAGAUAAAUCUGUAAAAAGUAGUAACACUUCCAAACAGAAAGAAAAUUCUCAAGAAAAGUUAACUGUGCAUAAAACCAAUGAUGGAAGUUUGAAACUUAAAGAUUCAGGCAGUAAGAAUGAUUUUUCUUUAAAACACCGCAAUAGCAUAAAAAAGGAUUUUAAAUCAAAAGAUAGUUUAAAAACUGAUGGAAGCAUUAGGAAAGAAGAUGUAAAGCUGAAGGAAGAUAAAGAUAACAUGAAACCUAGAAAGGAAGAAGAUAAAGUUAAAGAGUACAAAUCAAAAGAGUUGAGUGAAAUGUUAAAGCACACUUCUUUAGCUGAAAAACUAAAAACUGAAAGCAAUAAGAUAAGAAACAAAGAAAACAGUGAGAAGGAAAAGAUUGGUAUUAAGGAGAAUUAUGAGAAAAAUAAGCUAAAGAAAAGAUCAGAUCAAGAGAAGAAAGAUUUAUUAAAAGAAGCUGAAAAAAGGAGAAUUGGAAGUGAUAAAAAAGAAGAAUUAAAAAUAAAGGUGGUGCACAAUGAAAGAAAAGAAUACUCUUCUCACAGUGUUAAAGAAGAGAUUCCUUUAAAAAUUAAAAUCAAACGUGAACCUGAAGGUUCUUUAAAUGAUGACAAUAUUCCUUUGGUAGCAAGGACAAAUGUUCCUGAAAAAGCUAAAGAAGUGAGGCUUAAAAGAGAAAGAGAUGAAUUGGAUGAUGAUGAACUCUUAGCUACAAGAACAAUAAAAAAUAAGAAGGUUAAGGUUGGCAACACAGAAGAGAAACCUAAAAUAAAAGCAGGGAAAACAGAUAAAGUCCAAAAGGAAGCAGAAAACAAGAAGAGAAAAGCUGAAAAUGGAGAAGCUUUGCUCUCUAAGAAAGUCAGAAAAGAAGAUAUGAAAAUUAAAACUGAAACAAUUGAAGCAAAGAAGAAAGGAAAACAAAAGAACGAUCAAGAAGUCUGGAAAUGGUGGGAAGAAGAAAAACAUGAAGGGAGUAUAAAAUGGAAAACUCUACAGCACAAUGGUCCAGUCCUUGCACCCCUGUAUGAGCCAUUACCAAAAUCUGUCAAGUUUUACUACGAUGGUACGCACAUGUCGUUAAGCCCCGAAGCAGAGGAGGUGGCAGGGUUUUAUGCCAAGAUGCUUGAACAUGAUUAUACUGCUAAAGACGUUUUCAAUAAAAACUUUUUCAAGGAUUGGAGAAAGGUGAUGACCCAAGAAGAAAGAGAACACAUCACAGACUUAAAGAAGUGUAAUUUCAAGGAACUAGCAGAAUACUUCAAACAGAAAUCAGAAGAGAGAAAGAACAUGUCAAAGGAGGAAAAAGCUGAAAUUAAAAAAACGAAUGAGGAGAUACAGGAAAAGAAUGGAUUUUGUAUUAUUGAUGGGCACAAACAAAAAAUAGGAAACUUUAAAAUUGAACCCCCUGGACUUUUCCGUGGCCGUGGAGAACACCCAAAAAUGGGAAUGUUGAAGAGACGUGUUCAGCCUGAAGACAUUAUCAUUAACAUUGGAAAAGAAGGAAUAGUUCCCAAACCUCCAGAAGGACACAAGUGGAAAGAGGUUCGACACGACAACACUGUUACUUGGUUGGCAUGCUGGGUAGAAAAUAUUCUAGGUGCUUCCAAAUAUAUCAUGUUGAAUCCCAGCUCAAAACUGAAGGGUGAGAAGGACUGGCAGAAAUAUGAAACAGCUCGAAAGUUGUAUAAACAUGUUGAUAGGAUCAGAAAUGAAUACCGAGAAGACUGGAAGUCAAAAGAAAUGAGAGUGAGACAGAGAGCUGUGGCACUUUACUUUAUUGAUAAGCUUGCCCUUCGUGCGGGUAAUGAGAAAGAAGAGGGGGAAAGUGCAGACACAGUAGGCUGCUGCUCACUGCGUGUGGAACACAUAACUUUAUAUGAUGAGAAGGAUGGUAAAGACUAUGUUGUUGAGUUUGACUUUCUUGGUAAAGAUUCCAUUCGUUACUUUAAUAGUGUCCCAGUAGAAAAGCGUGUGUACAAGAACUUGAAGAUUUUUAUGGAAAACAAACAACCUGGUGAUGAUCUGUUUGAUCGCCUAAAUACUGCCAUAUUAAACAAGUACCUAAAUGAACUCAUGGAAGGACUCACAGCCAAAGUUUUCAGAACAUUUAAUGCUUCUAGAACACUUCAGGAGCAGCUAAGCCUCCUGAUGGAAG